AUGGUAUAUGCAGGAGGCGCGUUCGCUACCUGGGAGCGCGACUGUGUGUACUCAGUCCUUGGCCUAGCAUCGGAUAUCGAUAUCCUCAAUCUCAAGCCGGUCUACGAUAGCCACGCAACCACGACGAUUGAUAUAUACGAGCAGCUCGUCCGGUCGCAAAUCAACGCGAGUGCUUGCCUCGAUCUAAUUAGCUUUGCUUCUAAUAGCCAAAGGGACCCGAGCAAGAAGUGCCCUUCCUGGGUACCAUAUUGGCCUACCUAUUCGUCCAAAUCUUACGAUCGGAUGGCUUGGCAAUCUUUUACUGCACUCUCACAUAUCCACAGAGGCUUGGCCGAGACCCCAGAGCAGGCACGCGCUUUGUACCGGGCAUCUGGCGGGUGUGCAUAUCGAUGCCCUUCCCAAACCACUCAACCAGGCAUUCUUUGCUGCGAAGGUUACAGACUGGACCGAAUCGAUCUUGAUGCCGAUCCUUCAAUCAUCGACAUGACACAGCGCUUUGAAGACCAGGUCGCGAUAACUGGUAUGGAUGAGCAGCUUCAACUCAAGUCAUUCAAACAUUUACCACCUGAAAAUCUGUGGAAAACUGUAGUUUUGGAUAGAGACGAUACCUACCUAGACAAAGUUUGCCCAAUUGAACAUAGGGAUGGGUUUCUCCAACUCUACAACGACGCCAUCGAUAGUCCAAAAACUUUGGAUGCGGAAUUACUGGAGUGGUUUGUGGCCCACGCAGAGCAAUUGUUUGGAUCUCUUCCACAAAAGUCCAAGAUUAUCGAAGAUUUGAGAGCUACUGAGGGGAUGAGCUAUAGGUCGCUUUCGAACUUCGAGAAUCAGCUGCUGCACGUAUGGUUCAAUAUGCGAAAAUCCCCAGUGCGGUUGGAGAGCGGAUCAUGGGCAAUGAUUCCUCCUAAUACCAAAAGCGGAGAUCAAGUCUACAUACUUGCUGGUUGCAAUUUCCCUGUACUAUUACGGGAAACAGGUCAGGAAGGAGAAUUUGAACUGAUUGGAGAGUGUUAUGUUGAUGGUUUUAUGGACGGUCAGGGGAUUCCCCUAGAUCAAGGCAAUAUGAAAUGGCAAACCAUUUCCCUGGUAUAA